GCUGCGGAGUUCACUUCCCUUGCUUGCCCGAGAAUCUUCUGGUGCUUGGAUGUUUCGGAGGGACGCUGUCAUGGCUUUAAAGGGGGCCAGAAGCUGCCUUGGAUUAUAAUACCCAUCAUCUUUAAAGUGUGAUGGGUGCUGUAGUCCACUGAAGGGGAAGCAGGUCUGUGGAUCAUGUUGAAGGGGCAGAAGAUAACCAGCACAUCCAGAAGGCAUCAGUUUUGGGACCACUGUGGAGUGGCCAGCAUCCAACUGUGCUCUCUCUUCACAGAAAGAGAAUUUCACUCCUCUUUGGAAAUGUGGCUGAAUUUUAAUCACACGAAGUAAAAACAAACAAGCAAAUCAAAAAAAUCCUGGUUUUGAAAAUUGCACAACAGCUGAAACUGUGGAUACAGAAUGAGGCCUCUUUCUCCAGGAGAUGGACUUUCCCCUCUGGGUCUGCUGACACGAGGGCCUGAUUACUUGCGGAAGCAGCUGGAGAUGAGCAGCGGUGGGCGGACACCGAGCGCUGUGGAGAGGCUGGAGGCUGACAAAGCCAAAUACGUCAAAUCUCGGCAAGUGAUCAACAGUCGUCAAGAACCGGUUCUGCUCAGCUACACUCCUCAGUCUUCCCCAUGCUGCAGAAGACCCCUGACCCUCCACCAGCAGAGUGAAAUUCCUCAAGGCUUGAUGGCAGGCCAAGAUGACCUCAGCCCCAGGAAGCAGCCUCCUUCUCCUCAGUCACCCAUAGUGCGGCGAGGGGGUGGCAGGCGCCUGCUGAGGCCUGACUCGCUUGUCAUCUACCGGCAGAAACGGGACUGUUCCGCUGUCAACAAGGAGAACAGCAAAGGGUACAGCCUAAUGAAGUGGCUGUUUCAGGGACCACUGAGGGAUGGACAUCAUAGCUGUUCUCCCUCAAGGAGUCUGUUGGGAGAUGGACACCUGGAAGUGACUCAAGAAGAAAACUCCAUGGUCUGGGUACCUGCAGAGAAGGAGGACACAAGGACUGCACAUUCAGUAGGCAUCCUACCCGGAUUCAUGGGUUGUGCGUCUGAGCUCAGUCAAAGGCCCCAAGCCAGCUCUCAGCUCAACGUUGACCAGCCCUUUCCUUCCUCAGGCCCUUACCAAACAGAGGCCAAGAAAGAGCUGACUCCGAGUUAUUCUCUUCCUCUUUCAGAGAAAGAACGGUUCUUUAAUUACUGUGGCUUGGACAGGAAUCUGGUAGAGGUGCUUGGAGCUGAACGAUUCAAGCCAGGGAACUGGGAAGCUAGUUCCUUCUGCAUUGGCUCAGCUAGUUCUGAACCUGGUGGCAUUUCCUAUAACGGGGAGACAUUGUCUGCUGAAGAGCCAAGUGAAAAGCUGCCUGCAUCGGUCUCCGUUGUGGAGCGAAAUGCCCGUGUCAUUAAAUGGCUUUACAGCUGCCAGCAGGCCCAGACUACAUCCAAAGAAUCUACAGUAUGAACUCAUAAAGGUCUGAUUUCUAAGGCUCUCCCCUUGUCCACGUGAGGGGAAGUUCUGUUCUGGAGGUGAUGGCCACAUUCCCACUAUGGGAAAGAGAGCAGGGAGAAACCACUAUCUCUCACCAGAGGUGCCUUUCUAGGAAGAAUACUGUUAAAAACCACUUGGCCUUGAGCUUUCACUGAAAUUUUCCCAGUCCCUAAUCAUCAUGGUUAAUAAUGGUUAAUCAUCAUACUGAGAAUUCUGGGAGUGAAAGUCUAACACAGGUGGAGGGCAUUGGAUGGGAAAAGUUGCCCUAAAGGUGUGCUUGGCAAUAAGGAUACAGUGUCCAGGCUAAUCUAAGGGCUAAACUUUGAAGAAACUUUCUUGCUCCCAUCCAUAGAAGAUGAACACAUUUCUUUCUUUCCACAUUUAUUGAUAGCCAUUGUGGUGCAGCAGCAACAGAGGGAGGCUUGGGUUCAAAUCUCUACAAGUAGUCCUUGAUUUAUGACCAUUCAUUUAAUGAUCGUUCGAAAUUACAAUGGUGCUGAAAAAAAUGAC